ACAAUAUUUUCUAUAUUCAAUAAAUAUGUUGCUCUUAAUUCAUCAUACAAAGGGCAAUCAAUAAGGAAAUGUAUUUCAUUUUCUACAACAUACACAUUUCGAUUGAGACAAUAUGAACAGAAUCGGAAAUCUCUUUCAAUAGUUUGAUGUCUCCCUAUUUCAAUAUUUAGAGCAUGACUUGAGCAUCUAAAAUUGGCUAAUAUCCUUUUGUAUUGAAACGGUAUUGAUGCAGAAAUGUAUGUCUCUGGAAUCAAAGAAUCUUGACUUUCAUAAUUCUGUUGUAUUAAACCUAUUUUUUGUGAGGCCGAGAUAGUUAAAAAGCAUACUGUACAAGUCCUUUCACCAAAAGUUCGACUAAGUGGACAUCUUUUAAUGCCGAAAACAUGACAGACAGACAGACAGACAGACAGACAGUUUAUUUCGACUUGUACAAUGUACAUCGUCAACAACACAUAUGUUUAUUAUAAUCAAUGUCAACGUGUACGCAUAGUAACAAACAAUAUAGUACACACGAGUAUAUAUACAAAAAAAAAUAACAAAGAGUUACAUGAAUUGGUUAAAUAUUGUAAUGUUAUAAUCUAUCUAAAUCAGAAGAUGAACAAUAUUUACCAUAUUAAGUUCUAACAUUUAUUAAAGAGGAUCUUACUUUAACAUGUUGACAGUGACAUCGUGUUGUGUAUUACAUGUAGUGUUAUUCACGACAUUUUUAAUACAGUUAUAUUUUAUAUGUGUUUAUAAACUCAGUAGUUUUAACUAAUUGCUCACGGUGUGUAAUGUUUGGCUAUGACCCGUGCUACAUGUAUGAUAAAGUCAUCACUGCCGUAUUUCAGUACUUUUAAUCAUUAGGGUUUAAUGUAGUAAUUGUUUUGUAAUGUAUUGCCAAUAUAAACAUUUAUGUAUGUUAGUCCUGAGAUAAGACACACAACUAGUUUUUGUCAUUUGUAAGAAUAAUAUUUGAUCCUUUCAUAAAUUAUUAAGAUAAGUAAUAAAACAAAAAGCGGGUUUAAGGCCUUGUUCUGAAAUAUUAUUAUACCGUGGAAUAGGGAACAUUCACUAUGGUGUCUUUUAACCAACUGUUGUAAACAUCUCCAAGAGCAGCCAAGAUUUUAAUUUAACACAAUGAAUAGAGAGCAGGCAGUUUUAAUAUUUGCACAUGAUAACUCAGACUGCAGUUUAGAAUUAAGCGGUAAUGCGGAUUCCAGCUAAAAAGUCCUAAAACGUAUGAUAAUAAAUAAUAACAACUUUCAAUGUUAAACUAAAAAGAUAAUAGUACUAAAAUACUCCAGAAUAUGCACAAUGUUCUUUGGGGACGACCGUCAAAUACCUUAAACAUAUGAACACAUUAAACAUUGUGUUACCGGGUCGCGGGUCUAAAGUUGUGCCCUUUAGUUUCAAAUCUUAGAUCCGUCAGAUUUCUUAAAGUAACAUGACGCAAUCCUAUAACUACAACUAAACAUUGAUUGCAUUUUAAUGAACGUGCACAUUGUUACAGUAUUGUAGACAAAGAGAUUGUCACAAUUAUUAAUAGAAACGGCUCAAUAGUGGGAAACCGCUGUCCUAGUCUACGCAUUGACUAAAAUAUUGAUGAUAUUUCCGAGUGAAUUGAUAAAAACAAUAGUGAUCUUAGUACAAUGAGUGUCAGUAAAAAAGAAAGUAAUUAAAAUGUUACAAAAAGUGUUAUAUCUCUGAUAACCAUUAAGAUACUAACCGGAGUGUAUGUGUCUAUGUUAGUGUUAACUUAUAUGCUCUGCUAUAUUUCUUAGACAUUGCAAUUUUACCAUGGUUCUCUCAAGUCAGAUGCCAUGGUCAAGGUCGCGAUGGCCUUAACUUAAAAUAAUGUUUGCUUAAAUAUAUAGAAAACGCUAUGUGGUCACUUUUAGGUGUUGGUGUAUUUACCUACCUCGCUUUGAUGGAGUGUAUAUCGGUAUCGGAUGGGGUCAUAUCAUUAGAACCAUAUCAGUGUUAUGGAACUGUUUGUAAUAGAGGAGAGGAGUUAGAAUUCUGCCAGAGUUAUUUCCCAUAUUGCCGGGCAUGCGCAGAUGUGCUUGACGACUGCCAAACGACGCGGUCUCACCGGAAUUGCAGCAGAUUUUGUGAUGACUACCUCGUUAAGCAGGCUUUGGAGAAAGAUUCAAAGAAAGACUGCCUUGAGAUACCCGUGCUUCAGAAUGGAACAUUCGACACUCGCGGACCACAUAAACAUGGAGAUGUGGUUGUUGCGACAUGUGACCCUGGCUUUACUCUCCUCGGGCACAACACUUUGACUUGUGGAAAACACGGUCAAUGGGACAAUACUCCUCCUACUUGCAAAGCGGCGUCAUGCCCAUGUCCUCCCAAUUUAAUGAAUGGACAAUGGCAAAUCGAACAAGAAAAUGGAUGCCUUAUGGAAGGUGUUUAUGCAACCACGCAUGCGGAGUUUGUCUGCAACGCUGGAUUUCAGACGGUUGGGGGUUCAUCAUGGAGAUGUUCUUUUAAUGGAACUUGGAUUUCGGAUAAAACCGGUAGUGACCACACGUUUCCUUUCUGUUUAGAAACAGCGUCUUCUUUUCCGCUCACAUAUGCAGUGGUUAUUUUGUCUGUCAUUUGCGUGUGUUUAAUUAUUAAACAAAUUGUGGACUAUGUGCGCGCAAAACAAACUUCAAAAGAAUGUCCAGAUGUUGAAUCCCAGAUCAAAGAACCACUUCUUGAAAGGGAAAAAGAACAAGUUCAUGAAAUACAAGAAGUAGAGGAGAGUGAAACAAGACACUCUGUUUCACAGGAUGCAGCCGAUCAACCAAAAGAUAGUACUUCUCGGAAUGAAAACAACGACGAAAACGUUGAGAACACAGAACAUAUACCGAAAAGAAAUGACAGCCCGGCUUCCCAAAGGUCAGUUAACGUUGUUACUCACUUCACCUUCAACAUCGAGGGAAAAGGAGAAAAGGAAGACAAAACGGAAGACAAAACGGAAGCGGACGAUACUUCAUCAAACGAACCCAACGAUACUUCGUCAAACGAACCCGACGAUACUUUGUCAAAGGAACUAGAAGACAGUUCGUCAUAUAGACCAGCUGAUGUCUGUAGCAGGCCAAUUCAGGAGACUGGUGAGGUAGAGACCAAACCGAAAGACAAAUUGAUGCAACUUUCAAACGCAAUAGUUGCUGACAUUCCUCGAGAUCAAGUGACGCCUUCGGCACCCUCGGAAUCACCCGUUUGUCUAGUUUGAGACCGGAUAAAAACACUAGUUUGCUUGAUAUACUAAUUAAGUGCUCCAAUUCAAAUCCUCUUGAAUGCUCUGUUUACAAUGAUAUUGUGUGAGAUAGUGACGUAGAUAGCUAAACCUCCAUAUGAAACAUCUUUGGUUACUGUGUCAACUUCUGUUUAAGGAUUGUUUCACAAUCAUUUCAGUUUUAUGUAGAAAAUCCUUUAUUAUAUGGACAGUUAAUGACGCUACAAUUUGAAUAUGCAAAUUCGAAACCUCUUUAAAACCUUUUUUUCUUAAAUUUUAGGCAAUCUUAAAUAGUGUUGCUAAGUUUUAACCAGGGAACAGAAGAGUGUUUUAAUUUGAACAAGCUGGUUUUAUAUUACAUUGUUCGUUUUAUAACUUUUUUUUUUUUUUUUUAUAUGAGUUUGUUUGUUUAUAUAUCUUUGUUUGAUUUAAAAUGUGUUCUGUGUUGUAUUUGAAUUUUGAGUGUACUUAAAAUGCAUAAUAUGUACUUUUUACGCGAUUACGCGCAUUCCAAAUUUUUAUAAACUUUGUGACAUUUUUUUAAUAGAGGGAGAGGGAGCCAUCGGGUUAAAAAUACCAGCGGUCAUGUCAAGUUGUAUUCAAUCAGCCAUUUCUGAGGUCGGGAAAGUUAACAAUAAAAUGUUUACUUUAAAAAGCUCUCACAAAGUUCAUCUGUUUGGGCAUUAAUUAUGCCAAAACAUAGGGUGACCAUCACACUGUGGUAGACUAUUUUACCAGGUGCUUGUAUUAGGAUUGGGAAACCAUACAUGCUUGUUGAUUUUGUAUUAUUUUCUUCAUUUUAUAAAUUUAUUCGUUUAUAUAGCUUUUUUCGUUUUAAAAUGUUUUUGAAUUGCAUUUGAAUAUUGUGUGUACUUAAAAUGCAUAAUACUAAAUAUAAUGUUCAAUUAUGAGCUUCGAAAAGUUGUACCAACUUGUGACAUUUUGUUCAAUGGAGAAAGUGGUCGGAAUUUUAUCUACGAGCUGUUUGGUAUAUAUCCUAUGCUCUCUUUACUCUGUGACAGAGAAUCCGGACUUGCAUUAUACUGUUAUAUGUAUUUAACCUGCUUUUAUAUAGGCCGAGAUAGUUAAAAAAGUGUACUGUACCAGUUCAUCCCUCAAAAGUUUGACUAAGUGCAUCUUUUUAUGUCAAAGAUGACAUCAUGUUAGGUAUUACAUGUAGUGCUAUUAAAACUAAAAAUACAGAUAUGUUUCAUUUGUGUUUAUUUACUCAGUACUUUAAAAUACUUUAAAAUAAUUGCUCAUAGUGUGUACUGUUUGGAUGUGACCUGUGUCACAUUUAUGAACAAUAAAAAAUCAUUAUUGCCGAAUUACAGUACAACGAGCAAGAAGAACGCGAUUACUUUCAAUCAUGAACGUUGGAUGUAGUAAUCAUUAAAUGGGUUGCCAAUAUGUAAAUAUAUGUGUAUUAGUAUUAAAA